AAAAAAUGAGAUUAUUAUUACUUUUAUUAGUUUUAUCGGUAGUAGUCUCCGCUACUUUUGUUGACCUUAAAAGUGGUCAAAUCGUUGUUAAACCAAAAGCCAAACAAAAUUCACAAUUAUUCUUAAAAGGUUCAGUUUUUGAAAACAAUGAUAUUAAAAAUAUUUAUGACACUCAAGUCUCAAAUUUAGUUUCAAAUGUUAUGGGUCUUUUACCAUUAAAUAGCGAAAAUGCUGAAUUUGAAUUACCAAAUGUUUCAGUUUUCAACAAACCAAAAUUAAAUUUAUUCUUUUCAGUUGAAUCAGUUUCAAAAGAUGAUUUAGUUAAUUCUAAAAUUUUAAACUCAGAAUCAAUGAUCAAUAUUAAAUCAAACUAUUUCACUCAAGAUACAGUUUCAGAAUUAAAUACCAUUGUUACUGGUGUUUCACCAUCAUCCCAUGGUAUUCCAUCAUCAAGUUGGUUAAACCCAACUGGUAAAAAAACCAAUGCUUUUGAAUCAAACAAAUCAAAUGCUCCAAAUCUUGCCUAUUUAGUUAACAGCAGCUUCAAUGGUAAAUCAUUAAUUAUUUCACAAUCAGCCAGCAAGAAAUUAGCUUCAUCAACUGGUGUCAACGUUGAUAUUUCAAACGGUAUUUACGAACAAUCAGAUAUCUACACUUAUUCACUCCGUCCAACUGGUUCAUUCUUACCAAUUAACCACGUCAGAAAGAACAACAAAUUAUCAUUAUCAAACAAAGAAAUUGAAACCUUCCUUUACACCAAAGAAUUCCAACAAUUCAUUUUACCAUCAGGCUGGAAAGCUUCAAUGAACUCUGGUAUUUUCUCAGUUUCCGAUAGCAAUGGUAAUAUUGUCAAGAUCGAUUAUGAUACCUUUGAAUCAUCAGUCAUCCUUUCUGAAUUAGCUGCCGUUUUCAACACUGUUAAAAUGAUCAAAUCAGACGCUCACUUCAAACAACUUGCUUUAGAUUCAGUUCCAGAUUUCAUCAGUUUCGAUUUCUCAUCAAUUGCCUCCAUUCGUCAAAAAGAUGGUGCCUCAUCAACCCUCUUCAAAUUCGCUUUAGCUAUGAUUGAACAAACCAUCGAAUCCACCUACACCCAAUUAAGCGGUAUCUAUGGUGAACGUGUUGCCUGUGAAAUUGUUACUCUUGCCCCAACCAGCCAAUUAUCACAAAACCAAAUCGAUGCCAUCGAAGAAAUCGUCGGUGAAAAAACAUACGAUAUUGAAGAAACUCUUCCACAUAUCUACUUAUUACCAAAAUUCGGAGAUAAGGCCGCUGAAGUUUGUGAACAACUCAAAGCAUCAUUAAAAGAUCUUUCAGUCCAAUGUAACACUCACUCUGCCCUUCCAAUUCACAUGCUUGAAACUGAAAUCGAAGAUGAUACCCCAGUUAUCCCAACCAAUAACAAUGGUACUAUGACCCAAACUCAAAUCACUAACAAAAUUGCCGCUUUCCAAAUCUUACUUUUCUUCCCAAUCGUCAUGACUAUCUUUGUCGUUGGUGGUAUUCUUUUAAUUAUGGUCAUUAGCUCUGAUGCCCAAAAAGAUACUCUUUUAUAUAGAUCAACUGAAAGACGUUAUUAGAUAAUUAAAUCACAUUAUUUUAAAUAAAUAAUCACUUUACACAAAUAAUUUAAUCAGAAAAAAAAAAUAAAAAAAAUUUUAUUUUUUUUGUAUAUAUAAAAAAAAAAUUUUAAAAUAAAAAAACUAAUU